AUGGGAAGAUGCAACCUGUUUCCCUUGAGUUAUAUUUCAAGAAAAACAGAUAUCAGCAACAUAGACUGGUGCAGCUAUGUUUUGGACUGUCUUGUCAGAACAAAAAACUCAUACAUACCAUACUCAGAUACCAGCUUCUUUGUUGGACCUUCAGCUUUCUUGGUGUUGUUCUAUGCUGAUAACAUCCACUCAGAAGCUUUAACAGUAACACGUAAACGUCCAACAAUUUGUUAUUGGAGUUCAGAGAAGAUUAGAUAUCGAGAGACAUUUGAACAAGAAAAAGGUAGAUUUGGACUUGGAGAAUUAAACGAAGAAUUUGUUAAUGAACAAGAUGAAGGAGAUACAGAUCUCGAAGACAGUGAUUCUGAUAAAGAUGAAGAUCAUUCUGUUGAGGAAAAGCUGAAUUCAAAGCUUAAUGAUGCGAUGACAAAGUUCCCUGAAAAGGAAAGUUUUAGAAUUUUCAAAGAAAAGAUGACAAAUAUGAUUGUUGAAGAAAAAACUGAAAGCACAACACUUUUUAAUUUUCCAAGUAAUGAAACUGGAGUUGAAGGAAUCAAUUUGACACCAAUAAUGGGUCAAAAAACAAAUGAUCAAAAAGAAAAUGAAGAUAAAGAGGGAAAUGGUGAAGAAGACAGUGAUAAUGAUGCAAGUCAACCAGAAGUAGAUUAUUUGCUUGAUUCAAAUGAAGCAGAGAAUGAAGGAAUAAAGAAUGAUGCAGAUAAGAAUAAAAAAGAAGGUGAAAUUGGAGUAAAAGAGAAAGAUGGAAAGAGGAAUGAAAAUGAGAAUGAUGAAGAGGAAAAAGAUGAUCAUGCUGAGGAAACAAAUAAUCAUGAAGAGACUAUUCAACAAACUGAAAAUGAAAAUUUGUUGGAUAAAGUUGUUGACAACAUUGUGGACAAUGUCCUUGGAAUUGGAAUUUCAAGUUUAAAUAGUCAAGAAGAUGAAAUCUGGAAUCACCCUGAAAUGAAAACUAUUUUCGAUAAUAUUGAUAUAGGGUCACCAAUGAGUACAGGUAAAACUAAUACUCUUGCAGAAAAGGAAAAAUCAGAAGGUGUACAUGAACAAGGAACAAAAGUUGAAAAAACAAAGGGAGAUGAUACAGGUAAAUGA